UUUUAUCUUUCCAGUUUUAUCAAAUGUUAUUGCUGAUUUUAAAUAUGUUCUUUGAUCGUAAUCUUAACCAACAGUUUUUGAGAUUUUGGUCUUUCCCCAUUCAAGUAAAUAGGAGCUGCAGAGGCAUGACUGCAAAUAAUCUCACGAGAGCAUUCCAAAAAUAGCCGACAGUGAACUGACUUGCUGUAGAGACUUUGCUGUAACGCUCUCUCCGAUGAUAGAGCCGCGGAGCGGAGGUUUUCAUAAGUAAAUAAUCUCUGGCCAAACAGAGCGACAAGGAACUGAUCAAGUUAGCUGUUUAAAGAGACUGUUUGACUAAUUCUUAAACCAUUUCCAUCUACACGGCAAGGGCGAUUCAUUCUAAAAGACACCAGAGCAUCAUGUCUGCAGAUCUGGAUCUUUCUACUCCAGAGGUUCCUGAGCCCACGCUCUUUGAGAGUCUCUUGCGUUAUGGAUUGUUUUUAGGAGCGAUUUUUCAACUUGUCUGUAUAUUAGCAAUAAUAAUACCUACAUCCAAGAGCCAUGAACAGGUGGAGACAUCAGAACCAGCUGACACUCGCAGCGCCGAGCAGAACAGAAAGCCAAAGGGAUCCGUUCAACAAAUCCGACAGAAACUGAAAAAGGAGAGCAAGAAAAAGAGAUAGAAUAUAUUCAUAGUCACCGAGUGUGAACGAUUUUGUAAGUGAAAGAAUAAAACUAAGAGACAAAGACUGAAGGUGCGACACUUCCCUUGUUUACGGACCAGAUGUGUAACACACUAAUGAAAAAUAUUCAUUUACAGAGGCGUUAGAGUUUGUGGAUUAACUUCAAACAAUUGUGGUUAGCCUUUCUGAUGUCAUAUGAUUUAAGUUUGGUUUCUCAGAUUUUUUUUUUUUUUUUUUUUGUCCACAUCCAAAUAGAGUUUUUGAGUAUAUUUUUGGUUAUAUGUAACACUUGUGGGGGGUUUUAUGGUUACUUUAAAAUCAGUCUGAAUGAACUGUCCUUAAUCCUUAA